AUGCUCCAUGAGAAUGGUAUGCAGAUCGAGGACUCUUUCUGGUAUCUUGUCACGCAAGGCUGCUGGCGAGCACUAGUGAAGAAAGAAACAGCAAAAUUCUGUUCUCCAUGGAUGUUGACGAGUGAGGGGGCUAAGAAAAACUGCAAUUGGGUGCCAGUCACACCGGAUUCGUCACUGGCCUUUGAUAUUCUUGUGGAUUUUUGCAUAUCAAAAGGCCUGGAAAUGGAGUUAGUCACAGGCCUUGCGUCUGUUUUAUUAUUGACGUCACGGAACACACCUUCGCCUAUCCUCGCUCCUGCUGUAGCAGCCCCAACUGCUUCUGCUGCCUCCCCAUCAAGGGCAAAACACGCGGUAUUUUAUGAGCUUUACCAGCCAAUUGAUAAAUUUCUCACUUUGAGCUCCACGCAAGACGCCUUGGACCCGUUAAUAUGCAGUGCCUUUUUUGACCCAUCUAUUCCCUGUAAUUUCAUGGGAGCUGCAUCUUUGGGUAGCCAUCACAUAUACGAACCCGUCUCUAUGUCACUUCUGGGGCGCAGCUAUUCGUGGAGGACAAGUAGACUCGUUUCUGAGUAUGAGUCUAUAUACCCUACCGCCUAUAUGUCUUGUGGCCGCCUUUUGGACAGAUACCACUCAAUCCUUUCUCCAAAGGGGGUAUUGCUCAAGUGA